UUUGAUGGGGUCAUGUAUGCGCUUAAAGUUAUGUAAUUUAAACAUGGAAGAAUUUAAGCAUAAAAAUAAUAAUGAUUAAUACAAUUUCGCAAAGGCCGAAGUAAAAGUAGAUUGAGACUGAGUCAAAGUGAUGGCAUACUACGGACAGCCACAGGGAUAUCAACAGGGUCCACCACAGGGUCAACCAGGAACGGAUCCCAAUUUCCUUUGGGGCAUAUUUCAAAGAGUUGAUAAAGAUAGAAGUGGUCAGAUUAGUACUAAUGAACUCCAAAGUGCUUUAUCGAAUGGUACAUGGACCCCAUUUAAUCCAGAAACGGUCAGGCUGAUGAUAGGAAUGUUUGAUAGAGACAACAGUGGCACUAUAAACUUCCAGGAAUUCUCUUCUCUGUGGAAGUACGUUACAGACUGGCAGAACACCUUCAGGAGCUUCGACAGAGAUAACUCUGGCACCAUCGACAGGAAUGAGCUAAAACUAGCCCUCACCAACUUUGGUUACAGGCUCUCGGAUAAGUUCUAUGAAAUCUUAAUCAGGAAGUUUGACCGCCAAGGACGAGGAACUAUAGCUUUUGAUGACUUUAUUCAGUGCUGUGUCAUUCUACAGACACUGACCAGUGCCUUUAGAUUCUAUGAUUCAGAUCAGGAUGGAUGGAUACAGAUCGGAUAUGAACAAUUCUUGAUGCUCGUUUUCAACCUCAAAUCAUGAUCGAAUUGGUGCUGAAAAACUGUAACCAGUGUAUACUGCUUAGCAAUAACUUUUACAUUUAUUCGUAGUAAAUAUAUUGAAAGACCUGAUUCAAGUGUACGACAUUCUUUACUUUAAGGGGUGGGGGGUAUAAAUAUUUGUAGCAUAAUUCAUACAUUGGACUUCGUGAUAGUAUUUGUCUCCUUUUCAAAGAGUGGAAUUUGUUGGGUUUUUGAAUGACUAGCAUGUAAUUAACACAGCCAUUCCACCGAGAUAUUCCAAUGUUGUAAUUCCACCUGUUGUGCAUCUGUUAUUGAUCUCUUAUUGGUGGAGUUUGUGAACUGUGGGAACUUUCAGCACUUUUUGUACAUCUAUCACAUCCACACAGAAAAUGAGUCUACAAGGAACAAAUAUAUCGAUAUGCUCUUAUGAGGCACUUUAUCUUUGUAUGUUGUGUGUGAGAAUAUUCCUUCGUUUUUCUCUGGUUAAACAUGUACUUGAUUUAUAUUCAUAAACUAUGUUAAGCAGAACUGACUAUAUCAGCGAGUGUUGAACUGAUCUCUUCAUGACAAACCUAAACUACAUUAUUAGAGUACUUGUUGUGUAUUUCAUCCUCUGUUCAUUUUUCAUGGGUUGAUUGGUGUCAUGCGUAUCCUCUGUGAACUAAGGUAUCCGAUACAAAAAAAAUUUCUCUAAAGAAAACUGAAAAGUAAUCGUGUACAUGUGUAUAAAAAACCCUGUUGCCCAAUUAAUUUAACAUCCAUCCCGACGGAAAAUCUUUUGGCAUAUAAAGUGAGAUGAAGAACAAUUUCUUUAAAAUGCUCUUGCUGAAAAGGUGCAUGAAACAAUUGUUCAUCUUAAUCUAGAGACAUGUAGUCACAAAGCAAAAUGUAAUAAAACAUAAUUUUUAAUGUAUUGGGGUUUUUUUUAGGUAGGAAGGGGAGGCAAUUUUUUUAAAAUAUAUAUAUCUUGCAGUAGUACUAUGUACAGUCACCAAUGUUUUGUCAAUAUUCCUUUGCUAGUUCAUUAUUUAUAUAUCCUCAUUUAAAAAUUUGUGGUAAAAGAGCUUUGUAUGAUAAGGUAUUUGGGGUAUACAUAUAUAUAUAUAUAUAUAUACAUGUAUAUACAUAUAUGUAUAUAAAUAUUGAAAAUCAGAUUGACACAUUCCAUAAAAAACAAUCAUUUACUGCUAGCAGUUUCUCCAUGUCUACAUGGUUCAUCGAGCAGUUCAAAUAUUUAUAUAUAGUAUGAAUUUACAAAGUAUCUAAAAUCUGAAAAACUAUAUAUAUAUAGUGAAAAACUAUAUUAUGCAUCGGAUACCUUAAAUCCACAGCUUAAAACUAGUAGUAUUCUAUAUAAUGGCAUUGAAAUAAAACCUAUAAUCAAUAUUA